GAAGUGGCGGCGGCGGCGGCGGCCGGGGGCGGCGAAUGUUGGGUCCGCGCGGGCGGUAGGCAACGGCUGAGGCGGCGGCGGCGGCGGCGGCGGCGUGGGCUGGGCUCGAGCGGGCGGCGGCACCUUAGACUCCCGGGCGCGGGAGCCCACGCGGGCGGGCGCCUGAAACAAAGGGAAGCGAGAGUCAGGGCGCCGCGGGUGGGCGGUCAGUCGGUCAGCGCGGAGCCGGCCAGCGGUGCCCGCGGAAGCCUGGAGCCCGGCGGCCGGCGCGGCCUCAGGGCGGGAAGAUGCCGCGCGUCGUGCCCGACCAGAGAAGCAAGUUCGAGAACGAGGAGUUCUUCAGGAAGCUGAGCCGCGAAUGUGAGAUUAAGUACACGGGCUUCAGGGACCGGCCCCACGAAGAGCGCCAGGCGCGCUUCCAGAACGCCUGCCGCGACGGCCGCUCGGAAAUCGCUUUUGUGGCCACAGGAACCAAUCUGUCUCUCCAGUUUUUUCCGGCCAGCUGGCAGGGAGAACAGCGACAAACACCUAGCCGAGAGUAUGUCGACUUAGAAAGAGAAGCAGGCAAGGUAUAUUUGAAGGCUCCCAUGAUUCUCAAUGGAGUCUGUGUUAUCUGGAAAGGCUGGAUUGAUCUCCAGAGACUGGAUGGUAUGGGCUGCCUGGAGUUUGAUGAGGAGCGAGCCCAGCAGGAGGACGCCUUAGCACAGCAGGCCUUUGAAGAGGCCCGAAGAAGGACACGUGAAUUUGAAGACCGAGACAGGUCUCAUCGGGAGGAAAUGGAGGUGAGAGUUUCACAGCUGCUGGCAGUAACUGGCAAGAAGACAACAAGACCCUAGUCCUGGUUCCAGUUUAGGUGGUGGUGAUGACCUCAAACUUCGCUAAUUGGUGGCACAAAAGAUGUGACCCCAUCUUUACAUAUUCAUUGUUUCUAGUCUGCAGAAAUAAUUAAUUAAGACCAGAAACUGUGAUAACUGGAGGUACUACGGUUUAUUUCUCAACCUUAGGCAGUAACAAGACAUCACAAACUGCCAUGGUUUUGCACUAUAAUACCUGCAUUUCUAAUUUUGUAUGCAUGUAGCCAGUAAUAAUUUGAAAUUUUUUUCUAUGCAAGCUUACCUUGUUGGCAUUAUUUUAGUGAGUUGAAACUAUCCACUUGUAAAACUUUGUUUUCCCUUCAUUUUAAUUUAAAAGUUCAUGUCAUUUUUAAAAAGUCAAGAAAUUGAAAUUUUUACCAGAGGGUUUUUUCCCCCUAAUCAGUUGCUCUAGUUUUUUUGUUGUUGUUUGGUUUUUUUCAGUUUUAGAUGUAUUGGUUAUACAGCUUCGUUUUAGAUAAACAUUCUUGGCUUUUUGUUUUGUUUCCCCUGUUUCCUUUUGUGUUUUUAUAGUUUAUGGCAUUUUAAAACUGCUGAUGGUUUGCAUUAUUUACAAGCUAAAAACCUUGUAGCAUAGAGCUGUCUGCCAUGCCUUCUAACAAAAAGUUUACAGUUGUUAAAGUUGCAGUAUCCUUUUAAAUGUUGAUAAUCAGCUCCUUUUCUUUCCUUUUUAAACAAAAAAAAUUUUAAUUGGUAUUAACUCUAGUCUGCCCCAGAUCGUUUUAGAUUCUGUUCUAUAAUCAUGAGUUUGUAUGGAGAUAUUCUCAAUAUUCUACUGAAAUGCCUAAAGAAGUCACAGGCUGGCUUCUGUUUUAUUCAGGGAUUUUUUUUUUUUAAGUCAAUAAGAAAAGGGAUACUGGAGCUUCUUCAUGUAUGUAACAGCAUAUUAAACUGGAGACAGUGAUGAAUCAGCUACAAAGGUAAUAUUGUAUUAAAAUCAUGUUUAAGAUAGCUGCUUUUAUGUGUAUUUUAUAAUGCAUGCUUUUGUAAAAAACAAUGCUGAGUGAUGAAAGAUUUGUCUUAGAAAAUGUACAUCUAUGCAGAGGGUACAUUUUCUUCCAUUAAUUAUUCUGGAGAAAAAUUCACAGGUUAUAUAUAUAUGGUAUUUUCCAAAAGGACUAUUAAUAGAACCUUUUGAGAUGAAUUAGUAUAAGAAUAUUUUUUAAAUAGGCUCAUUGUCAAAUUGAUUGCAGCUUUUUUUUUAAUACAAACUGGAAAAAAACGUAAGUCAUUUGGCAUCUCCUUACAAAUAUUUUUCAUGGUUACAUUCAUUUAAAUGUUACUGCAUUUCUGAAUUUUUGCAAAAAUGUAUUUUAUCAUAAUAGAAUGGCAUUAUUAUAAAGAGUUUGAAAAAACUGACAUGGUCAAUUCAGAAAAUGAACUGAAGUCUGAAUAAGGUCGUUGCAUUUAAAACAUAUAUACACUUGACUGAUGAGGGAGGUGUGACUUUCAAUGUAUAUAGGUCUUAUAAUUCAUAAACAUAUCCUGUAUCUCAGAAUAAAAGUAUGUGUUAUAUAUUUGAAGUCAUGCAUGGUAAGGAGUGUGUUUAAAUCACUAUAAACAAUAUGCAUCAUAAAAGACCAUGCUGAUCUUGUGUAACUAAGUACUAUGAAUGAAUUGGUUGGAUUUUGAUAUUGUGCAGCUCACAUGUUUACACACUCAGUGCCCUAAUUUCCCUUGAGGGAAUCGCCUUUUAAAUGAUCCUUCCAGUGCUGUUUUAAGGUUACUUUAUCACAGAGCUCCUUGGUUUUUGACUCUGCACUUAAAUUGUUUUUUUUUUUAAAAACAUGAUAAUGGCACAUUUUUUCUAUUGCUUCUAGCUAAGGGCUUUCAGUCCACCAGUAACUAAGAUCAAACAUUAUUAAAUGUUCAUGUUACCAUCCUUCUGUAAAUACGGGAUUGUUCUUGUCAUUUAGCAUUGUACUGCUUCCAUCUGUCUUAAUGCUGGCAUUAAGAUCAUGAGCCCUUUUUCUCCAGUAGUGCAGGCUUUGAAAACUACUUUUAUUAAGUUAUUGAUGCAAUUUGAUAUUUUUCCAUAAUCUGUAUUUAAACAAAACGACAUCAUUGCAUCAUCUUUUCUAAAUUCAUCUCCAUUAAAACUUGCCUUAAGCUACCAGAUUGCUUUUGCCACCAUUAGCCAUAUUGUGUGUUUGUAUGUUUAAUUUACUUUCACAAUAAACUUCUGUGUAGUGAA